UAUCCUAGAGAGCAAGGAAGGCGCAAUGUUGCCAUCUUGUCGGUUUGGUUUUAUCAUGCGCGAGCGUGCACGCUUGUUUGUCCGUGGCAUGUCUAGAGUUCUUCUGGAGAAACUGAACUAUGUUGGGGGAUCUCGAGUGGACGUGAUGUCAUCAGAAAAGUUUCAUGUUGUAGAACCCGCUACUGGUAACAUCAUGACUACUGCAGGUGUUUCAGGUGCAGAGGACGUAGAAAAUGUUGUGAAGUCUGGUGUAAAAGGAUUUCAGAAGUGGUCAAGGCUUUCAGGGCCAGAGAGAGGGAUCGUGAUGCACAAGGCCGCUUCACUCAUACAGCAGCGGGUUGAUGAGAUAGCAGAGCUUGAAUCUCGCGAUUGUGGCAAGCCAAUGUGGGAGAACAAAGGAGACAUUCUUUUUGCAGCUGAUACUGUUGGGUUUUACGCUGGAUUAGCAGCAAAUUUGCAUGGAGAGCAUUUCCAAUUGGCAGGAGGUUCAUUUGCUUACACACGUCGUGAGCCGUUGGGUGUUUGUGCUGGAAUUGGAGCUUGGAAUUAUCCAUUUCAGACUGCAUGCUGGAAGAUGGCACCGGCAUUGGCUUGUGGAAAUUCAAUGGUGUAUAAGCCAUCACCACUGGCACCGUUGUCAUCCGUGGUGCUUGGUGAAAUAUUGUUAGAAGCUGGAGUGCCACCAGGAGUCUUUAAUGUUGUUCAAGGAAAUGCAGACACAGGAAAGAUGCUAGCAAGUCAUCCGAGUAUAGCUAAAGUCUCAUUUACUGGUUCUGUUGCAACAGGGAAGAAGGUAAUGGAAGUAGCUUCUGGUGGAGUGAAGCCAGUCACUCUUGAACUUGGAGGAAAAUCACCGUUAAUAGUGUUUGAAGAUGCUGACCUAAGCAAUGCUGUGUCUGGUGCAUUACUUGGUAACUACAUGGCACAAGGAGAAUGUUGUACCAAUGGAACAAGAGUGUUUGUUCAAAAGCAGGUGAAGAAAUUAUUUGUGGAACAAGCAGUAGAGCGCGUGAAACAUUUGAGAGUUGGAAACCCAUUAUUAAAUGACACCCAACUUGGAGCAGUCAUUUCUCUUCAGCACAGAGAUAAAGUUGUAAGCUACGUAGAUAGUGCAAGGAAAGAAGGAGCAGUAGUACUUUGUGGUGGAGAGAUCUUUACUCCACCCGACUCUCGACUGUCUGGAGGUUUUUAUGUUUCUCCUUGUGUCAUUGAUGAGUGCACUGAUAAUAUGAAAGCCGUCCGAGAAGAAAUAUUUGGCCCUGUGAUGUGUAUUCUUGAAUUUGAAACAGAAGAAGAAGUUAUAUCACGAGCUAACGACACUGAAUUUGGGCUGGCAGCCGGAGUAUUUACAAACAAUCUUCAACGUGCCCAUCGAGUUAUUGCUGGUCUACAGGCAGGCAUGUGUUGGGUGAAUAAUUACAAUGUGCAACCUCCACAGAUACCAUUUGGUGGUUACAAGCAGUCAGGAUUUGGACGAGAAAACGGUGAAGUGGCAUUGAGUUACUACAGUCAGCUUAAAACUGUGUAUGUGGAGAUGGGAGAUGUUGACUCACCCUACUGAAGAUUGAAUAAGACAAGGAUUGCAUUAGUGCAGUGGUGUUACUCGAGGAAGAACAAAUGCUUAUGGUGUGUGUGUGUGUGUGUGUGUGUGUGUGUGUGUGUGUGUGUGUGUGUGUGUGUGUGUGUGUGUGUGUGUGUAGAACUUUGUAAUCAUUCAAUAUGAUCAAUGUAGGUUUCCUUUUUCAAUAGAGUAGGUGCAGCGAUGUUUGCCAUUUGAUGGUGAAGAUAAUAUAUAUGUUGUGUCAGCCAGUACACCUGUUAAUUCAGUUAUUGGCAAGAAAUCAUGUUGCUAGGACGUGUUCACGUAUGUUCAAGUAAUGGUUCUGUGAAUAUAUCAGAUGUUACACUA